AUGGAAUCAGUAAAAGACGAUCAUGAUCAAAUGCAAUCAGGAAACCAGAUCUUACAAACUUAUAUUAACAAUCUAAUGUCUUCUAAUGUGUUGACUUCUGGGAAUGGUGGAAAGAAAGAUGGUGUAAGUGUAGUAACAUCUGAAUCGAAUAGUCCAAAUGGUGCUAAAACGGGUUCAUCGUUAAAACAUUCAACGUCAAUAAAGUGGCCAACCACGACGAAUAAUGAAUCAACCUAUAUAAAUUUAAACCUUUCACCAGUUCAACCAGUUAGUUUAAAUUUUCCUAAUACAAGUCAAGAAAUUAUAAGUGAAGAAAGUACCGAUAGUAUAGUAAUAGAAUCUUCGGAAAUUAAAUGA